GCCAUGGCUGAGCUGGGACAGGAGGUCGUCCACUUGGUGUGGGGCAAGAAGCCCGGCGCCCACGGCCUGGCAGAUACCAUCUUCUGUCGCUGGGCACAAGGGUUUGUGUUCAGUGAGUCUGAACCUACUGCAUUAGAACAAUUUGAAGGAGGCCCCUGUGCUGUUAUUGCACCUGUUCAGGCGUUCCUUCUAAAGAAGCUUUUUACCUGUGAAAAAUCAACCUGGAGACAAUGUCAAGAAGAAGAGCAGAAGAAUCUCCUCUGUCAUACGUUGUGUGAUAUUUUGGAGUUGGCUUGCUCUGAUCAUUCAGAAUCAUACUGUUUGGCAACGUGGCAAAGAGGAAAGACGUCUGAAGAAACUGCUAGUAUUUCUGAGAGCCCAGCUGAAGCAAGCCGACAAGAGGAACAGCCCUCUGCCUUGGCUGUCGAAGAGCUUGGCUUUGAGCGAUUUCAUGCAUUAAUUCACAAGCAAUCAUUCACAAGUUUUCCUGAUUUCAAAGAUGCAGUUUGGAAUCACUGUUCGGUCUGGACAAACAAAUUUGGAGUAUUGCUUUUUCUGUAUUCGGUGAUACUGACUAAGGGUAUUGAAAACAUAAAGAAUGAAAUUGAAGAUUCGACAGAACCAUUGAUAGAUCCUGUUUAUGGUCAUGGAAGCCAAAGCUUAAUUAACCUCCUGUUGACGGGGCAUGCAGUUUCCAACGUCUGGGAUGGAGACAGGGAAUGCUCAGGAAUGAAACUGCUUGGAAUUCAUAAGCAAGCAACUGCUGGGUUCUUGACACUUAUGGAAUCUCUAAGGUACUGUAAGGUUGGUUCCUAUCUGAAGUCCCCCAAAUUCCCUAUUUGGAUACUUGGCAGCGAAACUCAUCUCACAGUCUUUUUUGCCAAGGAUUUGGCUCUUGUUGCUCCUGAAGCCCCUUCGGAACAAGCCAGGAGAGUCUUUCAGACAUAUGACCCUGAAGACAAUGGCUUUAUACCAGAUACACUUUUAGAAGACAUAAUGAAGGCUUUAGACCUUGUGUCGGAUACUGAAUAUGUCAAUCUCAUGAAGACAAAAUUAGAUCCAGAGGGACUAGGAAUUAUAUUACUAGGUCCAUUUCUUCAAGAAUUUUUCCCUGAACAGGACUCCAAGGUUCAAGAAUCAUUCCCCGUGUACCACUACAAUGGAUUGAAGCAAUCAAAUUAUAAUGAGAAGGUCAUGUAUGUUGAGGGCACAGCGGUGAUUAUGGGCUUUGAAGACCCCAUGUUGCAGACUGACGAUACUCCAAUCAAGCGCUGUUUGCAGACCAAAUGGCCAUACAUAGAACUCCUUUGGACCACAGAUCGAUCCCCUUCAUUAAAUUGAUGCCGAAAGAAGACUUUGUACUAUUGUCCAGUGUUGGAAGGGGG